CGGCUUGUUGUAAAACACAUCGGCCAUCGGCCGCUUCUGUGCUACGUCUGCCCUCCUCUGGGGCUUGCAACCAACAUGCGCGAUGUGCAGGUUGCUGUACAUUUGUCGACGUCGCGGUUGCAACUCCGACGUAGAUGUCCCUUCUCUUGCGCCACCGAAAACGUGGCAGACAUCUAAGGUGCCGCAAUGUCGAUCAGUUGUCUGCUUUAAAACUGUUUCGUUAUCAUCUGGUGCGUCAACGUCGCCGCACAGAAAUCACUUUCUACGAUGAGCGGCGUCCUGACGUCUAACGAACGAAUCAUGCGCUCGAGCGACGUUGAAACUGGCCUGAUAAACUUGGCGGGCGCACCGCCGUCUUGGGCUGGGAGCUUUACAUGGAGGAUGGGUCAGAGGAAAAGUCUCUGGAGGUUAUGGAAGCAGCUGUCAAGACUCCAACGAUCACUGCUGCUGGUGCUCGCUGUGGCUGCGCUGCUACUUGUGGCAUCACGCAUGGGCCAGGCUCCUGUGCCAGCAGCUCCUGUUGCAGAGACAGGCCGACCCCCUGAGGAGGCAACACCUCGGCAGAGCUUACCCUCAACCUCUCAGCCUCCGGAAGACAUAAAGGUCACCCUUGGGCCCAGCUUCCUUGGGGCAACACCAGAAACAGCCUCCUCACGGCUCUUCCAGCAGAGCGUGGGUCUACGUGAGCGCCGGGAGGCUGUGGUGGAUGCAUUUCGCCAUGCAUGGAAAGGCUAUAAAGCGUAUGCCUGGGGCCAAGACCACCUGCGACCUCUUUCCCGCACAGGGCACACCUGGUUUGGCCUGGGUCUCACCAUUGUUGAUGGCAUGGACACCAUGUACCUCAUGGGCCUUCAUGAAGAGUUGGCGGCUGCUCAGGAGUGGGUGGCACACAGUCUGCAACUGGCACAACACAGAGAUGUGAAUGUGUUUGAGACUACUAUUCGUGUCCUGGGUGGCCUGCUGAGUAUGCAUACCCUUACUGAGGAGCAGCUGUACCUUGACAAAGCGCUGGAGCUUGGGCGCCGCCUGCUACCUGGGUUCCGGUCGGCAUCGGGGGUACCUUACUCUGACGUGAACCUUGCCUCCGGAGUGGCACAUGCCCCUGUCUGGGCUCCAGACAGCAGUGUCUCGGAGGUGGCCACACUGCAGCUCGAGUUUCGUACUCUGAGUCGUGCCUCAGGGGACCCGCAGUUUGAAAAAAAGGCCUUUGCCGUGUCAGAGCUGUUGCACCAGUUGCCUAAAAAGGAAGGCCUAGUGCCCAUGUUCAUCAAUGCGGAGACUGGCCGCUUCAAUGCUGAUUCUACAUUGACCUUGGGGGCUCGAGCUGACAGCUACUAUGAGUACCUCCUGAAGCAGUGGCUCCAGACAGGAAAGACCAUUGACUGGCUAAAAGACGACUACCUGGCUGCUGUGGAAGGUGUGCAGAAGCAUUUGGUUAGGCGUUCAGAGCCUAACAAAUUGCUUUUUAUUGGAGAACUUGUGCGUGGUCGGACCUUCUACCCCAAAAUGGACCACUUGGUGUGCUAUUUUCCUGGGACAUUGAUGCUGGGCCACGUUGUUGGAGGAAUGCCACAAGGUCACAUGGAACUUGCUUUAGACCUUAUGGACACUUGUAUACGCAUGUAUUCAAUCAACCCAACAUUCUUGUCACCUGAGAUUGCCCACUUCAACCUGAAACCACAGGGCACUCGUGAUAUCUUGAUAAAGGGCAAUGAUGCACACAAUCUUCUUCGGCCAGAGACUUUGGAAAGCCUCUGGUACAUGUACUACUUUACACGCAACGAGACUUACCGGGAUUUGGCUUGGCGUAUUUUCCAGGGGUUUGAGAAGCACUGCAAGGUGCCUGGUGGUGGGUACACAACUAUCGGGAGUGUGCUGAACACGAAGCAAACUGGCCCACGAGAUAUGAUGGAAAGUUUCUUCCUGGCAGAAACGCUGAAAUACCUCUUCCUGCUCUUUAGUGAAGAGGACGUUCUGGAGCGGUAUUCUCCGACCAGAUACCUGUUUAAUACCGAAGCCCAUCUGCUGCCCUUGUACACAUCCUGACACCACACUUCCACUAUAAUUAGCAUUCACCAUCUUGGCGCUCGUUAACUUGAAGAAGUCCUCCAUCUUCAGUGUCACUGUUGGUUUCUGCUACUGCAUAGGCUGUUGGCUAUUGGCUCACAACUUGCAAUGCAGAGUACCCCAUGGUUUAGGCUGUGUUUACACAGGCCAUGUCACUCCAUGCACAACUGCCUUGACAAAAUUUUAUUUGAGUAAAAAUUAUGUGAUCCUUUGUUCUUGCGAUCAUGAACAUGCACCUUCCAGAGUGGUUCAUUAGGUCAGCAUAAGGUCAGCCAUUAGUUGCAACAGUGAUCAUUUUUACUGAUGUACAGUGCUUGGCCAGGCCUUGGGCACAGCUCUACCACUAGUGCUCUGUUACUUACCUGAACAGGAAUAAUGAUGCCUGUAAGAGGUCAUAAACCAAGAAUAUCCCACCUAACUGAUUGUUUGGAUAUUAACGAUAAGACAGAUUACAUUUCUGUCUGUAAAAACUUUCUCCUCCAUAUGAGGUUUUCAUUACAUGCACCAUGCUCAAAGCAGCCCUUCAGUAAGCACUGAUUGCCGGUCACUUUUGCUCUGGCUCACUAAUUUCAUUUCUGUAAAUCUAAACAGACAGUCAUUGCUGGAGAAGAAGAAAGUGGGGGCUUUGCUUUGUCUUUAGGUGUUUGUAGUUAAUUGCAGAGUUUAUUACUAUAUUGAUUGUUGACGAGUAUCUACAGGCUUGUAUAUCAGAUAGCAAGGUUUUCAGUUGCAGUCUAUCAAAUGUGACCUAUCAAAAUCUUCAGGGAAAAUGCAAGCACUGAAGAUAAAGCACAAGCAUUGAUCUUGAGUACAGGCAUGAGUUGACAGGGCUCACUGAAGCAUACCUAUUGAGGUGUCGGCAGACAGUGAAUGAGGGCAUUCUUUGUGUUGAAUUUCCAAACUGGUGUUGCCUGCUGUAGUGGCUGUUUGAGUUGGUGGAAUAUUUAAUUACAGUGAUCUUGGCACUCCAUGUUAGUACACCGUUUCAAAACUUCUUUUUACACUGACAGCUUGCUACUAUUUUUUAUCAGGGAACUUAAAUCAUUUUAAUAUUUAAUAUUUUGAGGUGCAUUUGGUUCAUUUCUUGGGAUGGAAAACUAUUUACUGUGCUUCAGAUAACUUUAAGUGUUGUCUAAUGGGGUAGUUUUUAUUUCUUAUUUAAGGAGGAACUAUAAAUUUGAAGUAUUUUUAUUUUGUUUUUACUUUGUCUCAGUAUAUGCUAGUGAAGCUGAAAAAGGGCACAUUUGCUUGGUUGUUUAAAAAUAGCUGAUUAGUUUGUUUGUUCGAUUGCUGACAUGCUGCAUUCACAUUGCAGAAGCUUCGUUUCAACAUUAUUUAAUAGAACAAAACAUGCUGCUCAUUCCAGGCUUUUGGCCACAAACAUUCAAGCACAAGGGAUAUCUUGCAUUAGGGGAUGGGAGAUUGUGCCUGUCUUUGCACUGAAGAUGACUUACAUGCUUAUUGGUUAGAACCUGUAUGCCAUCACGGACAUAAAAUGCUGAGUGUUUUCCUUUUAUUCUAUGUAGAAUGCAAAAUUAUCAUACAAUCAAAUCCUUUAGAAACAUGUGGAGGCACCUUUUGUUCUCAAUAUACUCUUUUCUUACUGCUUUUUGGGAGUUGCUGCGGAGCAUAGACAGUAAUUAAAGAAGGGCAAACAUGGCUUAUAAGCACAAAGUUAAGAUACUAUGGUUAAACAGCUAUUUAAGUAAAUAAGUGCAUCGUUUAAUGUAAGGGUUAAAACUAAGGAGGGGCUUGUUGGCCAGGUGGAUAAAGGAAGCAUUGCCACAUGGUUCAUGUAGCACCGAAAAGUUAUGAAUAGGGCCCAUUUUGUGAUGUUUUCUUGUUGCCCAUUGUGCAUCAUAAGCAUGGUGUGGGAAAACUUUAUUAUUGUUUACACAACAUAAUGUUUUCUCUGUUGUGUAAGUUAAGUUCGUGAAACAAGGCAAAUGCAGACCAAGUCUGUGAGCCAUGAGAGCACAGUUAUGAUAUAUAGGGGCCUAGCCCCACUUGUCAAGGUCACUCAUCUUAGGCAAACUCAUCGUAGGUAAACUUGUCGGGAAGGCCAACUUUUUAUCGGGCAUGUUGUACGAGGAUUUCUCGUAUGACAUAUCGUUUGACAAAACACAAGUUAAGAUCUGGGUUUACGAUGUGACAAGCAAUUUGUUUUGCCUACCACUCAUCAGCUUUAUAACAAGAAAAGUAAUAUGGAAGGCCUCAUUAAAGUGAUUGCUCAUCAGAGUUUGAGAUGCUUGAAGUGAGGAAAAUAUAAUAUACCUGCACACAGGUUGCAGGCAAUUUUAGCAGCAAAAAUGCGCAAGACACGCCGACAUUAUAAAUGGCACAUUGAACAGCUUUUAUACAAUGAAAAAUACUGUUUAUUCAACAUGCUUGAUAAAUAAGCUAAAAAGCAGAUGUUCUGAUCAAUCUUGCCAAGUGUAUUGACUGCUGUUCCACUGACAUGUUGAACCAGGUUCCUUGUAAUGCGGUCAUUAACAUCUUGGUAUUUGCAUGCAAGGCAGGGAGUGUGCUGUCUGACAUUUGAUUGUGCCAUCUAAGUUCUUGUAGUUCUUGCUCAUCCUUCAGGCACCUCAAGAAUACCCAGUGAUUCAGAAAGGAGCACUCAACUUUAGACUGCAAUACAACAGUAACAAUUUAAAUUAGCUUAGAUUUUUUUAAUAAGCAGACUCAAAUAAUAAACCAACAUAUAAACAAGUGAAGAUAUUGGAGGUAGAAUUCAUAACAGACCUGAAAGCCGCAUUGCCAGGGUUCUGCAGAAUUAUUUGUGCGUGGCAUAUCUCGCAGCAUGAUGUCAUGAACAGACAGGACAGCAAGGAACACAAAAAUGAUGUGGACAGGCACUGCCUUCCAACUGUUUAUUACCAGAAUCAUCAGUCAGCUUUUAUAUAUACCAACACAUGGUUAAAUCAUGAGCAACAAGAACAAAAAGACGUCCAGCGAUGAUCUUCCAAGAACUGCAGGUCUUUAUCACUAAUGUUAAUACUGGGAGCAAUGACACACAGAUCGCCGAAUUUCUUGGAUGUGGGCUACCUCGACAAUUUCUGUUUUUGUUUUAACGCACUUUAGAAUGGUGACCUUACUUAAGUAGGGGGUGCACCCACAUCUGCUGCAAUGAUCCACUAAAUGACCCCCCCAGAUUUGUUUAUAACUUUCAGUUCAUGUUCACGUGCUCUGACAUUGAAAUAUCGCUUUAAUCGACCGAUAUACACCGGUCACAACUCAGCAGAAUCCUGUGUGCUACCCACGUUGUGCACUCUGUGUAACGGUGCGCAUGCUUCUUGGCGCAUGAAUCAUGCUUUUGCUUAGUUAAGAGGGGCAUAUUUGAACUAGUUUACAAGCCACCCAAAAAAAAAAAAAAAAAACUCUGACGUCAAAUCUUUUUGCCAUCUUUAUGUUGAGCGAUAGCUUGUGUAAAUAUGAAAUCACCUGAAGCCUUUGCUUGCCCUUUUUUUAGCCACCAUAUUUAAAGCAUGCUAACACAAAAACAGAAAAAGACAUUGUCAAGGCAGCCCACAUCAAGAAAUUUGGCGAUCUGUGUAUUAGUGCUCCCAGUAUCAACAUUUGUGAUAUGGGCAAAUCAAAUCAACAAAAAGGCACCCUCCCAUCUCGAGAUGGCCUCAAACCAGACGGCUGGUGUGACCAGUUUCCCUAUGACAAGUUUUCCAGUAACGAGUGGGAUUGUGACGUAUGGGCUUAAUCCCGAUAUAUAGUACUGCCUGCUCCAGAAGCUUAAAGUGCACAUGACAGGAAUUCAUUGUGAAGCUUGUGCAGCACUUAUGGGGCCGUGAAAACUGAGCAGGAGUCCCAAAACUACUUUUCUGGCAACACAAGGUUCCGUGUCGGUGUUUGAUUGCAAUAGCAGUUAUACGGACACUCGAGGUGCAUUUUUGCUGCCACUGAGAUCACGUGAUCUGCAAUGCUUGUUUAGUUAGUAAGUGGAUGUUUACUGCAAUUUAUACUGCCCAUAAAACUAUGGGCCUUACUUUGUGUAACAGUUUUAAUACUUUGCUAUCACUGUCAAUGCCUUGUUUUUUGUGGAAAACUGUGACUUUUUGGGUUUUGUGAUAACCCAAAUUUUCCUACCCUCUUUUCACACCUCCUAAAUUUGAUAGACUGAGCGACAAGCUGUCUCCUUCUGCUACAUAACCCAAAUUUUCCUACCCUCUUUUCACAGCUCUUAAAUUUCAUAGACUUAGCGACAUGCUGUGUCUUUCUGCUACAGCAGGUUUUUGUCAGCAUGUGAUCUCAGCCGCGGCGUAACCAGCCUUAAGUAGAUGUUGAAAUGAGUGCUGACUGCACAUCUCUGAGCCAGACGCCCAUUGACUCUCUACUUAUAACAGGUACAGCCCUGCAUUAGCAUGUGUGUUCUUUUAAUUUUUCUUUCCUUCUAAUCAGUCCUGUGUAACUAUUUGAGUGUUUUAGCAUGGACAUUCACUUAGGUGCUAUGCAUCUGUGCCCUUAAGUGCAUGCGUAGGUUAAAAAGAAAGAACACAAGGGAUUCUCUGUGCAUCUUGAAGUUUGGCGAUUUUCCCUGAUGCUGAGGAAUGUAUGCUUUAAAGUGUGAGAAAAAGUGCUCCUUGUUUUACUUUCACAGUACUGAGAGGAUUAUAGAGAGCCUACCAUUGUGGGCUCUUGAGUGUUUUCUGCUGUUGGUCCAGCCUGUGAACUAGUUUAAUAGUUCUGAUGACAUGGCUGUCUGAGCUCUUGGUAUUCUAGUCAAAAAAUCAAAAGCAUGCAACACUUCUUGUAUCAGUUACAAGAGCCGUACCAUGACAUAGGUAAUGAAUGGCUUGCAUAACACCUGCUUGACCUGUGCUUACAAAAUAGCAACUGCACAAGUACUAAAGCACAUACCAACUGUCAUCUAGACAACAUGAAUGAAUUAAUAAAUGAAAGAAUCGUCAUUGGGAAAAGACACGGCCCUUUGGCCUAAAGUGGGAAAGGCUGGGCAAAAUGUUAGUUUUUUUCUUCUUUUUGUUGAUGCAGUGUGCACUGUCAUAUUGGAUAGGACUCUUAAUACCAAUGCAGCAACUUUAACCAAGUCAAGGGGGUUUAAAUGAGUCUUAUAUGAGAAAUGCUUUCAUUAGUAAGUUUAACCAACAUUUGUUCUGUUUCACGGCUAGCACAGUAAAAAGUUGUAGGAGCCACACAUUGCAGAAUGGAGUGCGGCAGUCACAUGUACUGAGAUGGAGUCUCUCCAUUUUAAGAUUUUUAGGGGGUGAUGGCACUUGGCUUGGCCUAGCCCCUUGUGUUUUCAUUUCCAUGGGACCAGAGUAGUGGCAGGUAUUGUUCUUUUGUCAGGAAAUUUGUUGAAUCGCAUAAAUUAGCUAUCUGCUCAUUGUGUGGAUAUAUGGGGGAGACUUGACAGGUAUGAAAGCUUGUGCAUGGGUUUUCAAUAUAUGUCCAAGAAUCCUGCAGAAAAAUUCCACCUCAUUUAUUAGCAUUGAGGAGUGCUUUGUGUUUUCGCUUCUUUGACUUCUAAUGUUACAUGCUGUUUCAGUCAUCAGUAAUAAAACAGCAACUCUAGGUUCUGAACCUUGAAGCUAGCCAUUGCUACAAAAAAGAAAAUGAUGAGGAAAGCAGGACGAAGGGACCAUUUCCAGCUAUAUAACUACCCUGCCUUGCUUGGUGACACCAUAAUGUCAAUGUUUGUUUUACACAUGCUAUGAAAAGAGGUGCAAUUUAUGCAGGAUGGAAAUUGUGUACACAGCAAGGCUAUUACACCAGCCAGCAGGCUUCUGGCCUACAUAACUGUUCUGUUAUCCUUUUAAUAGGCAGCAGUGAACUUCCCACAAUCCCACUUCAGUGCUGAGCUCGCAGUAAACAUUCUCCCCCAUACUGGACAGUGUUGCCAUUAGCAAAAGCUAUGGAAAAAUACGACAUUUUGUGUGCUAUACUAUGAGCUUCACUGGGGCCACUUUUCCAUGCAGUGUGCAAGUUGUAGCAGUGCAUCAUCACCACGUAAACUUGCCUCAUGUUAUUUUACACGUACUCAUAAAGGUGCCUAAAGUGCUUCAAAACAUUCACGGUAUGCACAAAUAGGUGUGGAAUCAAUGUGAACAUGCGUGGGAAUACAGCUUUCUACUUGCUAUACACGGAGCAGGUUGCCUUGGCUAGGAUUUGGUAACAGUUCAUAUUAUUUCACACAUUUUGUUGCAAAUAAGCACCAGUGCCAGAUACAAUCAGACUCCUUAGAGUGGAUGCGCACCUGCUGGAAACAGGUGACAAGGAAGGUGUUGGAACUAGAGUGUGAAGACAGCAAAAUAAAGCAGGCCUGCAAGGCUUGUGUGUUGGCCACAUGUGUAUUGAGUCAUACUUUACAAAGUGCUGUGUAAAUAUUAAUUGCAUUUCUUUACGACUUGUGAUAAAAUUUUUACAGAAGAAAAGUGUCCUAGGCUUUUUCGUUCAUUUCAUGCCUGAAGUUUGAAUAAUUUUUCACUUAGUGCUAUUGUACUUGGAAGUGAAAAACAAGCUUCUCAGUCUCCAUUUGCUGCUUCAAAAAUUUAGGAAUUUUGCAAAGGAACUUUUGAUAGCUUUUUCUUUUGAAAUACAGCAAAAAAAUUUUCAUGAUUCCGACGAAAAAUUUGCCUGCUAAAAGGUUAAUGGAAGCCUUUUGUUAUCACUACAGAAAACUUAUAGUAAAAGUAGCCACACCGGGGCUUUUCGAUUUGUUGUUCCAGACUGCCCAGGACUGCAAAAGGCAGUGCUUUCAGCCAACUAGCAUUAUGUAUGCUAUGUCUCUACCUGUGCAGGACUCCAGGGGACUGCAUAAUCAAAGAAUCCCAUUAAUCGCCAGUCAAGCACUCAAUGGUGUUUAUUCUACCAGGUGUUUCAGUGAUGACUGUCUCUUAACAUUAAAAAAAUAGGGGAUUCAAGAGACAAUUAUGCAUUUUGCAGGUCAAGGUUAACAACAAAGACUGACGAAAUAAAACUCCCUGUCAGGCGAUUUAGCAACCUAGUUAACUAAUAUUUGCUAAUGAAUCCUUUAGUUGUCAACUUUAUUCCACUAAUGUCAAUUGGAUGGUUGUAGGUAAUGAUGAGUGCAUCAGGAGCGCACUUAACCAUGCCUUAAAAUUAUGUUGAAUAGCAAAAGCCAUGCCGAGAAACAAAAACAAGAAGCCCUUGCGCCGACUAGAUGUUGUUGGCUGAAAAAUUUGGCAUUCGAUGGUCGGCAAUAGAUGCACAGCCGUGUUAAUCUGCAAUUGACCAGUACCAUUGACUGUUAGUUUUCUUUUUUCAAGUGACAAGCACAAACCAAAUGGAAGCCGCCAGCUGAAAUUGCCUUGAAUAGAUUGUCUUGGCACUCCAAUCAGACCCAUGGCAUGUCACAUGUCUCGUCAUGUCGCCACAUGAUAUAAUAACUCUUUCCCUACCAUGGGGAAAAUGGGCAUUUUUUGCACGUUAUGCCAUAUUUUGUUUUCUUGCAGAACUACUGCAUUUAAUAUUUUAUGUAAGACAUAAACAAAAAGCAGAAUGAAUGCACUUUUCACACUUAAAGAUUUUAUUAACGAGGUAUAUUAAUAAAAAAGACAUAAAUUCCCAGAAUCAAAAAUGUGGAAUAAAGUUAACAAAGUUUGCAAAGACACACUUGUACCUACUAAGAAAAAAAUGUAACAAGAAUUUAGAUAUGUACAAAAUUUAUUGUUGUCUAAUAGGCACUAUCUCCAAAAAAAUAAAAAUGUUUCAUUGAACGGGUAAUCCACUACAAAAAUUUUGCUGCAAGCACUACAGUUGGCCUGCUGGGCUUGUUUGCACUGUCGUCGCUCUCAGAGUCAAAGUACGACGAAAAGGCAGCAUCCUCAGACUCGCUGCUGCUCAGUCUAUCGGUGAAAUCAGCCGUAAACACAGCGGAAUUGGGAGAUAUGCGAUCUUUCGAAGCACGCGCGCUGCUCCCAGAGGCGGCCAUUUUUGUUUUCUACUUUGACGAUCAUGAAACUUCGGAGGACGUUAAAAAGUUACCACCUGAUGGGAAAAAAAGCGAACUGCUUAGAAAACAAAAUGUAGUUCUCCUCUUUCACGUCCGAUGGCACAGAGCGUCCAUGAGCAGUAAAGCCCCUUAGUGAGUGGUGCGGAAGGUCUCAAAAGCGGCGUUUCAUACCGUCGAUACCAGCACCCAUUUUUGCUUUCUGCUUCGACGAUCGGAGCACAUUCAAAAAUCACCACCUUGCAAGAAAAAAGCGAACUGCAUAGAGAAAAAAAAUAGUUCUCCUUCUUUAUGUCCGAUAGCGCAGUGUGUCUGUCAGCAGUGCGGAAGGUAUCAAAAGCGGUGUUUCAAACCAUCUAUAGCGGCCUAACGAUGCCCAAUGGGCGUAGUAGGGAAAGAGUUAACGCAUGGUUACACACGCCCCUGACAUGCUCGGUUUCGGUUUCACACUGAAAAUAAGUGGGAACUCUUCAUGCGAGCAUGCUUUAAAUAAAUGCUUUUGAUCAGUUUUAAAAGCUGAUUCGAUGUGAGUUUGCCAUUAGUGAUAUAUGUACAAUUGGCAUUGGUUCACUCUCAUUGUGAAUGUUUUCCUGUAAAGAGUAAUAUUGUGUCUCGAAUUCCUGAUUUUCUAUAAAGGAGAGUCGUCACUGAAAAACCCAGUAUGAUAUCUGUAAGCAUAUAGGAUAAAACCUGCAAUCAUGUCCAGUGCAUGCCAAGGCAUAUUCUGCUGGCCAAUUGUAACAGAACUUUAACUGUGUGCUCAGAGUGGUUUGCAGCUGUUACUGAUGUGAUGGGAUUGUAGCGAAAGCAGGAAUUUUUUAUGUACAUACCAGCAGAACACAGGUUGACCUGCGAAUGCUUAGAACACAUGCUGUUCUUGGCAUGCAACAGCAUGUAUGCCUGACACAGUAAUGAAACACCUUGGUAGAGAAAGCUCGCCAGCAAAAAUGCGGCACAUAUUGGUGUCACACCAAUGUUGUUCUACUUGUUUAGCUAUGCCAUUUAUUAUUUCAAGCAGAAAAAAAACAAAAGUAGCAAUGUGGAUGGCUGCAAAUUUUUAAAGGUUGAAUUCACAUGGGCAUGAAAAAUGUGCGAGGCCAGCCAUAGACUGCAAAGUUGCAAACAUAAUGUCAAAUGGAAAAUCUGGAGUGGUGAAUGUCCAUGUAUUCGUUGUGCACAGUCUGCAGCCUAGAGAGGACCUAUGCUAGCACAGUGUAACCUGCAAUUUGGCAUAGUGCUGCCUGAAUUUUUAAGUAUAUCACACGGUCGGUAGCCUUUCAUUCCUUCACAUGGUAUAAGACAUAGACUCAUUCUGUGUGGACAGCGUGCCUUAUGGAACAGAUAUCCUCCAGUUCAAAGUGCUACCAGUUGACUUGCAUUCCAUAAGGCUAUGGUGCGAGAUUAAAGAGUGCUUUUAUAUAAAAAAUGGUCACCAUUUUGGCACAAUUUACUCUUGUAUGCUUUCUUGUGUAAGGAAUGCAAUUACCUUUGCUUUAUUAAUUCCUCAGACUUUUGUUGUCAAGCUAGGUUCAUGCCCUUGUGACUGUAUGCAUAUGCCUGGUGUGGUCGAUUUUGAAGGCAAUAAGACAUACAUAUUUUUUGCAGCAUGCUACCGUAUUUACUCGAUUCUAAGCACCCCCUUUUUUUCACGAUCGCAAUGCCCAAAGUGAGGGGGGUGGCUUAGAUUCGAAAAAUCUAGAAUGACCCCCCCUCCCUCUUUUCGCUGCGACAUCACGACGAGACGGGUGCGAGAAAUAACAUUUUAUUUUGCAAACAUCCAAAAGAAAAAUUGGUGCACACAGUGAACCCACCGCUUGUGUCGGAUGCUCAGUUACUAUCACUGCCACUCGAGUUCGUCGCACCGUUUGAAACGCCGCUCUCGGUAUCCCACAGCAGGUCGUCUUCCCUUCCGUUGAAGUAGUUUGUGGUCGAGCAGUUCUUAAAUGAUUUGACCACAACUUCCACUUGGGCCCGCUUCCAAGCGUGCGAGCGAAAUCCAAUUCGCGAUGGUUGAUGGGGACGCUUUCUGUAGCUUUCGCCAUACAUCCGUACAGUCCGGCUGUACGGUGCACUCGCGCCGCGGACGCCGUGCCACCUCGGGACUCCGACGGCUCCGGCUCGAUGACAAAGUGAGCAAGUGCGCUUGGCGGCCUUGGUUACGCGCGCUUCCUAACAAAUGGGGGGGCGCUUAGAUUCGCAUGCAAACUUUUUUCCAAAUUUUUUUGCGAAAAUAGAGGGGGGUGCUUAGAAUCGGGGGGUGCUUAGAAUCACGAAAAUACGGUAUUUUCACAUCUUUUGUGAAUACCUCAACAUUUUGUUUAAGAAGCAUCCUAUUGCCUUGUAGUCAUGUUUUUUUUCUGACAACAGUUCCUCGGAAGUGCACAUAAUUGCUGCAGUUUUUCUUCAAAGAGCUAAAAUAAAAGAUUAUUUGUUUUCCUUUAAUUCAACCGACCUUUACCAGUAGGUGGCCAUGCUUUUUAUAUGCUACUUUUAUUUCAAGCAUCAAAUAAUCCCCACUAUUUUUUUUUUCACAUUGCGCAGUGAUUGUCAAUUAACAGAAGUCAACUGCAUUAAGCAUAGAAUGCCAACAUUUCGAUAGUAGUUGUACAAAAUAUGCCUAAUCGUCCUGAUGUACUGAGCCACUUGCAGCUUCAUUUAUAUAUGUAUAUGUGCACAUAAUUGUUAUUAAUCAGCUUCUUUAUGUAAAAAUUAAAAUUAUGAAUUUAUUACACAGAGUUCUGCGAUUUGUAUUUCUUAAGCUCAUAAAGUUUCACUCAAUGCUGACAUGCUUCUUAUACCUCAUGUAAGAACAUUAGUUUGCUUUCUUUGGCAUAAACGGAUAUUCGUUACAGACACCCAGCUUAUGGUGUCCAGCACCGGCUCAUCACCACUCUACACUCAAGCAGUGAAGUUUGACUCUUUUGUGCACAUGCUGUGGCAUCACAUUCAUGAAGCGUAGCGUAUUGGGACAUGAUCCCUGGUCUGCUAAAAUUUCAGCAAAAUGCUGUGGUGGGGGUGAAAACGGAGCUGAACGAGAAAUGCCUGCUAUAAAGAAGGGUCCUUUUUUUUUCUGAGUGAAACAUUUAUUAUUGUUACUUGGAAGGCCUGCACACUGUACUCAGUUCGCUAUCUUACUUUUAAAUUUGUGCCAGCAGCCAGCACCACUAACAACAACAAAACUUCUCCUGAGAGAACAAGCAGGGAUGUGCAAGUUCAUUGUUGAACAGCACUGGCUACCCCAUUUCGUUUAUCCAUUUUUUGUAACCGAGCACUUGGGCUGCUCUACCAUAAGUCUGUUUUGGAGCUCCUUGAGAGGAAAUUCCAACGGCGUUUGCAGCAUUAUUCAACAUGCUAUGUCCACACAUUAAGAAUAUGUCUUACACUGUGGUUGUUAAGUUCCUGAUGAUAGUGAGAUGAGUGAGAGAGUGAGGUUAAGCACAUGCGAUGAAAGCAUGUGAAAGUGGGAGCAUCAUCUGUUGCACUACGCAUGCUUUUAACCUUACUCAUUUCGCUUUCUCGCACUGUUGUGAGGCACUGAAAAGAUUGCACCCACGUGUUAUUAAAUGAUCUGGCCAGCAUUGCACACUGCACAAGAUGUAAAUGAUGCCAGGACUUGUGCCAGGCAAGGAAAACCCAGGUCAAUGUAAGAAACCAUGAUAUUGUAGACUCCCUGCUGCGCUGUUACUUGAGCAUGAAAGAGCUUUUUAUAUGCAGUACUUGGUUACUUCAAUUUGCCGCAAGAAUUCUUUAUCCACAGUAUUGUUAAGGAAGCAGUUUUGUCAUAGCCACCAUUUUUUUUUGAAAUGCCAUUUUACUAAAUCUAAAUCUUCAUUUAUUUGUGGAAAGCCAAAUGGUAAUUAAGCAUGUAGUCAUGGGCACCAAGCCCAUGAUGAAAUGCCCAAGAUCGCUCAAGUGCUGGUCUGCUAGUCCUAAUAAUCAUUUGCAGACAUGCUUCAAGUGUACUACAGGUGACUACACCAACAAUCCUCAGCCUUCCAGUUGAAAUCACAAUGGCCUCUAGUAUAUGUGUAUAUCAUCAAUAUAGUUUUUCAUUGCACCUUUGGUGAUUGCCUUAUGGACUGUUGUGAUGGACAUAGGAUUAAGAGCUGGCAGCAUAUGCAGAGGGCUUGCUAUGCCUAUCCAGUGACUUAGACAAAUAUAUGGUUGUGCUUUUCGUCUUGGUAUGUGUUGCCGGUGAGGAUGUACAAGGCUUCAAUUUGUUAAAAGCGACAGUGCUGUCUUCUGAUAGCCACUGCAGCUCUCGUCAAGGGUAUGAGCCGGCCCUUCUAAGAUCAGACACCUGUUCUUAGGUCGCAUUUUUGUCCACAUUUGAAGGAUGUGAGUCAUGAUUUUUGCAUGUGCUGGCUUGAUAUUGGUCCAUGGGCAGGCACAGGUGACUCUGCUGUGUCAGCUGGAGGCUCAACUAGCCACACUGGUGAGCGCUCUACCAUCAGUGUCUGCCAAGCCAGUGCAUGCCAAAACCAUGGUUCAUGUUGGAUUGAAGAGGGUGUGCUGCUCAAAAAUGCCGCGCACCCUCCUAUGGUUCGCAAUAGUGCCCGUGGUUAAUAGCAGAUGGUGCUGAUGGUAUUGUCAACCGUGUGCUUGCCUGUUGCUAUUAACACAUCUGAGCUUUGUAAUACAUCUCAGGCCAACUAGUCCUGUUUCCUAAAAGAAAAAAAAUGGCUAUAAUUUAAUAAAUAGAAGGUUUUGUGUCGUAUAAUAAAAAUCAUUAGACUUUCGGCCUUAUGUAUGUGUUCUACUGUUCACAACGUGCUGGCAGGGUAGUUGAGAAGAGCACUGUUGGUAGUGGCAUCCUUUUGACACAUUUAUCAAUCAUAAUACGUGAGAAAUGUGUUGUGCACUGCUUCUCAUUGAAGUAAAAAAAAAAUUUAGGGAAUAUGAUCUCACUGCUGAUACCUUUACGCCAGCAGCCAAGUGAACGUGGCUGCUAUUGCUCUAAGAAUUCUGUGCUGUUUGGCUAAACACAGCAUCAGUAGAUGUUGCAGCAGUGCUGUUCUGUGCUAUUCUCAGCUAUAUCUUUCGAUAUCCCACGAAUGGUAAAACUUAUACAUAAGGCUCUUUCGUGUCACUUUUGGAGAUAUCUCUUUAAGGUAAUAAUGCUAAGAUGUGAAAGAUUUGUUCAAUUCUCCAGAUUUUAGAAGCUUGCAUGUCUUCACUAGCUUUUUAGUGCAUGCCUUUCAUAUAUAUGGUAAAGCAUGCUAAUUCUUGCUUUUGACAUAAUGUCUAUCAUAAGAUCUUGGCACAAUCAAGUGCUGGCUAAAAAUGAGACUGGCAACCUUGCAAGAAGUGUGUAGCAAAAAUUGCAUUGCGAGAAGCCACCUUGAGACUCUGAGGCUGAGAGAAGAAUCCUGGGUUAGCUGCCACUCGUAAUUAUUCUGUGAACAGCCUUAGAAAGUAGAUGUAAACAGGAGAACAUUAAACUGAAUUUUCCAGUGAAAUUGAAAAAAAUUGCCAGCUGAGCACAUGACACUGUAACUUGAAUUGUAAAGUGUAAAGCAAUAAUGCAAUGUCAUGUACUGACUCGUUGAUCAUUUCAAACAAUGGAAUUACAUGGAAUCCACAUUUUCUUGCUCCGUUACAAGGUGACCUGAUCUUUUGUCAAUGUAUUUGUGUCCAUCACCGUAGUUUUCAUGCCCCUUGUACAUUUCCAGCAACAGUUUCAUGCAGUCACCUGACAAUUUCUUUAGUUUCACCAGCAAUUUCUUAUGUGCUGCCUGAGUUUCAUGCUUAUUACUUGGUGCUGCUUGCUGGAUGAGCACAGACUUUACAGUCUACUGCACAAAAAUUUCUUAGCAGAACAAAACUUGAAGGACAUAUCAUGCUUUAAUUUUUGUGGACUAGGAACAUCAGGCUAUAGAAAAUAAAGCCUCAAUUUGCGUUUUGUCUUGCCUAGUAAGACAUAUUUUGUCAUGACCUUACUUCACCAUAAAGUCAUGUGGACUGCUUGUCAUUUUGUAUGUUUAUUGUACACUGUUGACUGUGGUUAAAUGUGCCAUGUGGAGGCUCCUGUGACCUCUCAUCCACCUGGGGCAUGCUGGCUUGCUUGAAAGAUGCUGUGAUUUUAACAAAAGUGGUUUGUUGGGACACAUGCACACCAUUUUAAUACCAACACUGGCAUGUUUAGUUAUGUUCAGGCAUCAUGUUGUGAUGUUAAAUAUCUGUCAUUGUUAAUCUUCUUCAACAUUCAGCACAUCCAGCUCCUCAAUGCAUUGAAGCAUGUUCAUAACUUCUGGAGAACUUCUUAUUUAAAAAAUUAGGUGAAAUUCUAGUUUUGUAUUUUGAUCCAAAGCUUCAAUGUAAAAUGUUGAAUGCUAAAUUUUGUGAAAGCAAGCUAGCAGAGCACAACAUAAGAAAGUACUAUGAUCUGCCUGUUCCAAGUUUCCUUUUAGUCAUAUUGCAGCUCUCGUAUUAUAUUAAAAUAUGUGGGAUUUCUUUUUCUGGCACUUGUGUGUUUUCACGGUCAUUAUUUGCCUGCCUGGAGAUUUUAAGUGAUGAUGACACAGAACAUGACUGACCCAAGCUAAUAAGCAACAGGGCUGUGCCUAAGCGUACGAGUGCAAUGUAGAACGAAAGUGUCAUCUUUGGUUGUACAAUGGCAGUACAAAGUACAUCUGACGUUCCCACUUGCUGCCAUUAAGACAUGUAGGGGAAAAGUGCAGUUUUGAUGGCAGUUGCCUUUUGACAGCUGUGUUGUUUGUGGAAAUGUUGCAGUGGGUUGGUUGUUUUUGGUGGAGUACAAUAGGUGAUGGAUAGCAAGUCUGGCCAUUAGGUAAUGAGAGUGAAUGAACUUAUUUUUUCUUUGCUAUUGAAUGUGAUUCUAGUUCGGGAAUGUGCAAGCCAUAUGUAUAGGUGUAGGUGCAAUUCUGCACUGCUGUUGCCAUCCUUCUUUUGUAAAUAAAGUUUUUUUCCACGAUGGC